GAGCGGCGUUCGUUUAUUCCUCUGUCGGUUAGUCCGUGUGUUGUGUCGUUGGGGUGCGGACGUUUUGUGGCGCGUUUCUAUUGCGCGUGACGUAAUAUCCGAAUCGUCGUCGCGCGAGACGGACAUGUGCCGCCCUUUGGGGAGAUUUUGGUAAACGGCGCGGAGAAACGACGAAAACGAUGAAAGCGGCGGCGGUUCUGCUUUGUUGCGCGCUAGUUUGCGCCGCGGAAAAAUGCGAGAGGAUAUCCGCGGGGCUCUGCCAGAACUUGGGGUACAACUCGACGAUGAUGCCCAACUUUAUGGGUCACGACAGCCAGAUAAACGCAGAUCUAGGGCUGAGAGUGUACAAAAGCCUGUUAAAUCACGAUUGCUCGAAACACAUUCGGCUGUUCGUCUGCUCGGUAUUCGUGCCGUUGUGUUCCGAGCACGUACCAGGUCCGAUCCCGGCAUGCAAGGGCUUGUGCGAAAAGGUGAAGGGUGAUUGUUCGGGCCCGUUGGAAGCCAUGGGACACGCGUGGCCGCCGGAACUAAAUUGUUCGGGGUUCCCGGAGCCUCCCGAAAUGUGCAUGCAACAACCGACGGAAGAGGUGCAAGUGCCACGAUAUUUCAACCACGACGAUAACGCUUUCAGCGCAAACUAUCCACCGAAUAGACGACCCAGCGGCGCCGAAUGUGCGCCGAUUUUUGCCGCGAAACACGGUCAAAUGCAUCCCGACGAAGUUUCUAAAUUUGAGAUUUGGGUGGCGGUUUGGUCCACAAUUUGCCUUAUAUUCACCGUGUUUGCCUUAAUCACAUUUAUAAUACAACCGAAGCGGUUCCGGUGGCCUGCCAGGCCCAUAUUGUACCUCACCUCGUGCGGUUUCAUCACUUGUACCAUUUAUUUGAUCCGUUGGAUCGAAGGGCCAUAUACAUACAACGGUACCGCCGCCAUCGAAAAACCGUCCGAGAGUCCCUCAUGCGUGGUGAUAGCGCUAAUAUUGCUCUUCUGCGAUAUCGCUUACGCCCUCUGGUGGACGGUGUUUUGUUUCGUGUGGUUCCUCAGCGCGAUGAAGGAGUGGUCCACGGAAGCGAUAGAGAAAAUAUCCACCAGGCUCCACGCGGUCGUCUGGAUGAUCUCCUCGAUCCCCAUGUUUUACGUCCUGAUGUCGAACAACAUCGGCAACAGCAUGUCCGGUUUCUGCGAGGUGAAAACCAAAACGCUGAUAUUCUUUCAGUUGUUUUUCAUGGUGCUCAGUUCGGUUCUGGCAGUGCUCACGUCUUUCGCGUUGAAAAACGUCCGCAGGACCUUGAUAUCGGCGGGCCGGUCGCCGCUGAAGCUAGAAAGACUGUUUUAUCGUUUACUCGCGAUCAGUUUGGGAAUAAGCGUUCCUUAUUUCGUGUAUUUGUGGUGUCAGUUUUAUCAUACGUUCGCGUGGGGCGGGUCCUACGAUAGUUUUACGAUAGCCGUCGUGCAGUUGGUGUCGCGGAAAAUCAGUAUUUUGUUCGCCACGCUGUGGGUGUACAGCCCCAAGACUUUCCACGCGUGGAGAAAUUUCGUUUGUUUCUGCGAGCUAACAUCCGACGACGCAAAAAAUCGAAGAUCGAACGAUUUGGGUUGCUUGUUUCCGAAAUGUUUCGGAAAUAGCGGCGACGGCGUCGCCAAAAUAAACGGCACCGCGCUCAUCAAUAACAGCAAAAACGCGGUGUUGAUUGAAAAGAAGACUAUUUUUGAUAUAUUUUUCGCCAGUACCUCUGGUAACGCGCCGGUUAGCAGGGUAUGAUUUUUUCCUCUACACCAGUUAAGCAUAGGGCACCUUUGCCCUGGUCAUUCGUCCCUUGCGAUCCUCUUCUGAGGUUCUUUGUAAGCUACUAACGAAACACUUUAUACCUUGCAACUAUGCACACAUUUCGUGGCAUUGAAAGACUUCAAAAUGCGCAAAAAUAAAGUCGAACUGGUUUUCGGAAGCAGGCUACUACACCCGCCAUUUACAAUGUUUCCCCAUCCCCAGCAGGGAGUGAAUGUGCCUGCCUAAAGUUAGAUUUGUAAACCAAAGUGUAAUUCUUUGUGCGUGAAUCCCCUAUUUAAGAUAUUUUGUAUCUAUAACUUAAAUGUGAUAUUAGAUGUAACUAUUUUUAUAUAUACGACUUUUUCAAUUGUUAAAUUACCUGUAAAGUACCUAAUUUAUGCAAGAUUAUACAUGACAAAUUAUAUAAGUAUGUAAACGUGAAUUGUUUUUUCUUCCGC